AUGCCCAGUCGGACGCCGUUGGCACGCAUCGAAUGGCAAAAACUUCUUCCACUUCCUCCAGGUUUGCCAAUUAUAAUUUCUUCACUGGAAGUCUGUGAACUUUGAGAUUUCACAAUCAGCGUGAAUGAGAAAGUGCGAUUUGUUUCCAUGAUUCUUAUCAAAAUGAUUUCGUUAAUCGAUCAAAUCCCACUGUGUUUUCCUAACACAAUCUCUUCUUGAAAUGAAAAUAAAUUUAAAUUCUCAUUACGAUUCGGUUGGUUAUUUUAUCACUUCCGUGUAUGCACAUCAACGACAUUUUCAUUACUUCCAGAGAUAUCGGAGAAAGACCAUUCGGUCGAGAAAAAUGAAGAGAAAGAGACGGUCCGGAUGGCGGGGGGCAAGGAAUACGAUCUGCAACCGGGUUCAUCGGUGAGUGGACACAAAGACCGAUCACACUAUCAAUGAAUUGGUUCGUCCUGGUGAAUCACAUGAAUAGGGAUUCCCCAUCGGUCAGUUCACAAAUUGAAUGGGUUAAAAAGGACAAUAGAGGUAAACUUGCGUCACUGCUGUUUUCUUCCGUCUAUAGUGUCUUCCUCAGCAACUUCCAUGCUAGUCAACUCGUAUUCUUCCCUACUUUUCUGUGCUUCGCACCGUUCGUUCUGUCGCACUGACCGUUUAUUUCCAUAAUCCCAAGUCGAGCAACCGUCCCUCGUUGCGGCAUUUUCCCCAUUUUCUCAUGAGUAACCAGUUUUUCACCAAGAACAGCUUGCUUCUCUUUCUGUUUUUUGUCACAGAUUCAAACCGAUCAUAAUUGAAUAAUUCAACGUGAGCAUUUGGCGCGUGCUUUUUCCUGAUUUAUUGAUCAUUUUGUCUGAAAAGGGAGAAGCGGUGACCUUGUCGAACCCAUCUUCUGUUUGCUUUUCCGACCAAUGAUAAUGCGUUUUCAGACCCAGAGACAGCUGUAAAUGUGUGUUGCGAACUGGUCUUCUUACCAUUACAUUUCGAACCUUUCACCGUUUUUAGUGGUCUCCAAAUAUUUGUUCGCUUAUCAAUCAUCCAAGUUCUCGCAUCAAACUUUUUCGAAACCGAUUUUUUCGGCCCAGAUCUCAGUCACUUAUUCUACUUGUUUUGCUGGUUGUUUACGCUCAGUACGGCUGUCCCACUCGGAUCAACUUUCGAACGGUUCUUUAGACGUCAUCGUGGGCGUGCUCUGGACGCAAAAUAAGUUAUUCCCUGUUUCAACGAUACUUUCACCUAUUCAGACCGAGCAAACCUCAAACAGUUCCGGACUCCUCCCUAUUUCACCACUAAGCACAUACCUCAACACCCUUAACUUACCCGAUUAGACAGAAAAGUCUAACAAAUGUCAUCGGCUUGUGCUACAGUAUCCGCACAAUCCACUCGACCUAAUCAUCUGACGUUUUGCUACUUUGAUCAGAAACUUCGGCCACCUCAUCAAUCUCUUUGUCGCCAUCUCCUCCCCUCAAUAACUUUUUGUUUCCUUCGCUCCAUUCUUAUUUGAGUAUCAUUUUCAUCAGUGGUUUGGGUGUCAGAACAAAAAACAGACGACUUUAAGAGCCCUAAAGUAGCCUACGUCAUACUGUAUUUUCAGCACCUGGGCGUCUACAAAACAGUGCGCGGAGUGCCGUUCUCAAUCAACGACGACUCCUCCAAAAUGGGCAUAGGAACAACGAUAUUGUCGAAAAUUGAAAAGGUGAGUAAUCAAGAGUGUGUUGUUGAGAAUGAAGUAGGGCAAAUGAUUCUAAUAAGGUAAUCAGAAUGCAAAUAAACAGACCCCGGGGGGAAACAUGCAACUGUUAUCAAAAAGGGUGGAAGCGUGGGCUUUUCUCUUUAAUCUAGUCGCCAGUCCCUUCGAUAACGUAUUGUCUGGUGAUUGGUGUUUCCCAUCCCAUCCGCUAUGUUUCGGUUUGCCGUAUUCGAUGAGUAUGGGGUACAGAUGAACAGAUCAAGCUUUUCAGAAUUCACCACAUUUUCAGAACAAAACAUCCGAUGGACUGACGAUUCCGCUCACCUAUGCCUCCAAAUCACAGUCCACCAGCCGGUUCUCCAUUGGUAUUCACUUACCUCUGUCCCGUAACCUCUAGUUUUUCAACUUCUAGCCAACCUGAAACGGCUCUUCCGAACAGUGAUCCGAGACUGGAUCUUCCUGGCUCUUCUCGGUUUCAUAAUGGCGGCACUCUCGUUCGGAAUGGACUACGCCAUCCUGAAUCUGCAGAAUGGUAUGUCAUGGUCGAGAUUACUCGAUCAGCUGUCCUAAUCGUUUUAUCAACAAUCGAACUUUUCGAGAACGUCACUUUUGAUAAGAGGAGAAAUGUGGUGUUUAGAUAGUGUAACCCACUCAAAAAACGUGCGGAGUAGAGAAAAAAAAAGGGAGAUUUCAGGGCAGAUGUAUCUGUACGAUCAAGUGAAGGAGUACCACGUAACCCUCGCCCUUCUCGUGUGGAUCGGUUACGUCGUUGGACUCAUUCUGCUUUCCGCCGUCUGCGCCCAUUACAUUGCACCUCAAGCCAUCGGAUCAGGAAUUCCGGAGAUGAAAACGAUUCUGCGGGGAGUGAUUUUGAAAGAAUAUCUUUCGAUGAGAACCCUUCUCUCAAAGAUGAUCGGACUGACACUGUCCCUCGGAAGCGGUCUGCCAAUGGGAAAAGAAGUGAGCCCACCUUCUUCCUAUUCUUCUUUUCAAACUCGUUUAGUUCUCCAGGGUCCGUUUGUGCACGUCGCUUCCGUGGUCGCUUCGCAACUGAGCCGCCUAGUGCACGGAUCCUCUGUCGGAAUCUUCGAGAACGAGUCCCGGAGUGCCGAAAUGCUCGCCGCCGGCUGUGCGGUUGGUGUCGCGUGCACCUUCUCCGCUCCGAUCGGAGGCGUCCUCUUCUCCAUCGAAGUCACGUCCGUCUAUUUCGCCGUUCGCAACUACUGGCGUGGAUUCUUCGCUGCCACGUGUUCGGCGACUCUUUUCCGUAUUCUCAGAAUGUUUUCUGUUUCGGAGGCGGUUACUGUCGAGGCACAUUAUCAAACAAACUUCCCGCCACAGAACGUAUUCCUGCCCCAAGAACUUCCUGUGUUUGCACUUAUCGGGUUCGUCUUCCAUUCCACCUUUCUCUUCUCAUUUCAGUGUUUCAGAUUAAUAUGCGGAUUGGCCGGUUCCCUGUUCGUCUUUCUGCACCGACGGACUGUUCUUUUUUUGAGGCGGAAUGCAAUUGCGAAGAUGAUUUUCCAGAAAUAGUCAGUUCAGAAAUGGACAGCUCUUUGCUAACACAAUUUUUCAUUUCCAGUUGGCUAAUCUAUCCCAUCUGCAUUGCCACGUUCAUUUCUUCGCUGUCAUUUCCGAUGGGGCUCGGACAAUAUAUGGGGGGAGAGGUGCGAAAUUAUCAUAGAAUUCAAAGUAAUUAGAUACAUUUUAGGAAAGAUUCAGUCACACAAUGAAGGAGUUCUUUGUGAACUGUGCGUGGACAGCUGAGCCAGGAGAGCCCUACGCAUGUGCCCCACCUAACUCAACGAACUCGAGCGACUUUGACAUUCAUCACUGGAAAGGGCCGAAUAUGAACUACUCCCCGUACAUCACUGUAGCCGUAUUUCAGACUGUCUACGUAAUCCUUUCCGCUUCAUAUUCCCUUCUAAUCUCCAUUAUUUCCAGUUCUUUCUCUCUAUCCUUGCCUCCACUCUUCCAGUCCCAUCAGGAAUUUUCAUGCCAGUUUUCGUUCUCGGUGCCGCUUUCGGUCGACUCGUCGGAGAAGGCGUCUUUGCACUCUAUCCUGCGGGAGUUAUCAGUGGAGACAUUCUCUUCUUAUCCGUCCUGGAGUAUAUGCUGUCGUCGGAGCUGCCGCUUUCUGCGGAGCCGUCACGCAUACAGUAUCUGUUGCUGUCAUUGUUUUCGAACUUACCGGUCAACUUUGCCAUUUGUUACCAGUGAUGGUGAGCAGAAUUUGCAUCUUAUUCCAAUCUGGUAUGGUUUUUUUUUACAGAUUGCCGUUCUCAUAGCGAAUGCAACAGCUUCAUACCUCCAACCAUCCAUUUACGACAGUAUAAUCCGGAUCAAAAAUCUACCGUACCUUCCGGAUAUUCCUCACACAACUUCACUUUAUCAUCAAAUGCUCAUCGAACAGUUUAUGAUCACUCCAGUCGUGUUUAUAGGAAAGGAUUCGACUGUUGGCGACGUGAAAAGAGCACUGGAAUUGAAAAGCCGAAUACGGGCGUUCCCACUUGUUGAGAACAUCGGUUUGCCGGUGAUUUUAGCUUUUCUUACUUUGAAUGGGUCUUUCAGAAUCCCUAGCAUUAGUCGGAUCGGUCAGCAGAAGCCAGCUGUUGCGAUACGUGGAUUCGCAAAUCGGAACGAAAGCGAGAUUUGCGGAAGCGACACGUCGAGUUAAGCAGCGACUGGAAGACGAAGAGAAUGAACGGAAACGAAGGGAAGAGAGCAAAUCGGAUGAGACGGAGGACAGUCUGGCAUUAAAAGGAGCCGGCGGGCGGAGAGCCAGCAGGUAGGCGGAAAGGUUCAUUUCCGCGAGGUAAAUGCGCAUUAAAUUUAGGUUUCUGGUCGUUCCGGUUGCUAAGAAUGGUCCGCAAGUGAAUCGCAACGAGAAUCUGAGCGGAUUGAGCGAAGAAAACGCACGGAAAAUACUGACGGUUGAGGAGAAACGAGCGCUGUUUGAGGCAGCAUCACUGACGACGCCCAAAAGAGAACUGGGAGGAAGAACGAUUAAUCCAGUGAACAUCGAGUCGCAUCACACCAUCGGAGACAUCUUCCGUUCGAUCACUCAUUUGAGCUUUGGACGACAGAACGUGCAGAAGAAGGGAUCUCAAAACGAAUUCGAUUUGUAUGGAUCCGAGGUGAGUUCGAAUGGGUUUAGUUUUCAGAUUGCUCUUCUCACAUAGGUGCAGGAUGUUUGGGAAACGCCAUAACAUUUAUCUGGCGAUCGGAAAAAUGUCUGAAACAGCGGCAACCAUAAGACCCCCCUGUGGAAAAGGAUAACAACAACUUUCAAAAAAUGUUUAUCCAAGCUUCGUUUUAUUGUAGUGGGUUCAAAUGAAUGGAAACUGAACAAAUAUGACCCAUGGAAGUAAUUUAGACAGUUAGACCAACUUGACAACCUGUUACAGUCCGAUUAAAGUCAGAAAUGUCUAGUAUGCGGCGCCAUAAGGACAGUCCUGCAAUCUGGACAUUAGUAACUUCAGUGCUCGUAUCAGGUAUCCUAGUGGGUUCAAAUGAAUGGAAACUGAACAAAUAUGACCCAUGGAAGUAAUUUAGACAGUUAGAACAACUUGACAACCUGUUACAGUCCGGGUAAAUUGGGCAGCCUUACGGCUACCAAAUUUUUUUUCGAAUCAAGCCCCUCCCACUCGCCUGUUCCGAACUGCCGGCGCUCAACUCAAAACACCUAUGUCUUCACAACACCAGGUUUCAGAGUCUGACUACCCUAAAAACUGAUGAAAUUCUGGAAAAUGUGAGAAAGUGACUAACCUAAUCCGUUAUCAGUUCUUCAGCUAGGCUUUUCUAUCGCUUUCAGCCAAUGAAUAACACGUUUCAACAAUGUUCGUCUUCACAUAAAAUUAUGAUUUUCAGCGUUCGGAAUGGGAAGAUUCGGUGUUAGAAGAACGGAUAGAUUUGAGCGAAUUGGAUAUCGACUCGACACCAUUCCAGCUGAGCGAAUACACGAGUCUCUUCAAGGUUCUCUCCUCGUCCCUUUCUUCGGUGACCAUCUGAUUCCAGGCGCAUUCACUCUUCUCACUUCUUGGCCUCAAUCGCGCGUACGUGACAAAAAAAGGACAAUUGAUCGGAGUCGUCGCUCUCAAAGAGGUUCGCUUCUUUUUUUUUGUUGCAGAGAAUACGUUUCGACUCACCGUGGGAGGGUGUCGAAUUUCGGAGCAGUGGGAGUUGUGUCUAAUCGGCCACUGCCAACUGCCAAACUAGCCACAUUUGGUGUAAAUCGAGACGAUGAGUUCAUUGCAGUUGCGACGAGCCAUCGAAUACUUGCAAUCGGGCAAAGUGCCGACGCACGGAUCCAGCAUCUUCACAGAGAUUCCGAUCGAACAGACAGCAAGUCGAUACGAGACGAAAAGCAGGUUAGAGGCAGGAAUGGAAGCUCAGAACCCGACAUUCCUGGCCGACAACGGAGAAGAGGACGCUAAUGAUGACUACAUUCAAGUAGGGAGAGAGUUGAAUGGAAUUUAGAAGACUUUGGGUUUACAGCCACCUCUGGAGAUUCUUCGACGAGGGGCUCUCACCCCGAACACAACAUCAGAACUGGGCAGGCUGGAGCACGUUCGGACGGUCCCGAUUCGCCGCACUUCGGACUUAGCAGUCCGUCCACAAGCUCUUCGUGCGUCAGUAUAGACCUUUCACCUCUUGAUCUGGACGCGACGAGAUCCGAGACGGGCAGCAUCGGCGGACUCGUUCUGAAUGUUCCGUCACUGCCAAUGAGAGCUAGAUCAGCAGAAGAGUAAGCUUCACAGAAUGGGAUCAGAUGAGUAAUGAGUGACAGUUCCAGGCUUGAACGCCGGAAUCCACGACAUGUGCAGAUAAAUGUGCCAGAUGACGGUGUCCACAACGAAAAGUUCUGA